AUGAUUGACGGUGUGACUUUUAUCAAAACACCAGCUGCUAAACCACAGCCACCAGCAUCCAAUGAAAGCGGUGUUUGGACUACUGAUUCACCGACGAUUCACAAUGCUCCCUUGCCAGCAGAUGGACCCGGCUCAACUUCAUUUUCAAACUGGAUCUUACUUGGUAUUUUGACUUCAGUUCCUGGAUUUAUAACUUAUAAGCUUGGUUUAGGGUUCAAGACUUGGUUGUUCUUUUUCAUUUUAUUUGCGUUACCAAUCUUGAUGGCUUAUUGGACAGUUAUGUCAACCAUUUCACCAAGAAUCAAUGAAAAGGUCAAGUACCCCAAUAAACCGAUUUCUUACUACUUGGAGUACCAUACUCCUGAAUUGAAGGCCAAGUAUCAAGAUUCAAACAAUGGACAAGGUACCAAGAUCCCCAUUGAAACUUUCCAAGAAUUGUAUUUUGAUGGUAAAGUUUCCUUCAAGGGAGACGCUUUGGAUGUUAUGGAAUAUAAACACGAAUGGGCAAAUUUCAGAUUCACUUGGGGAUUAUUUAAAUUUUUCUUGUUUGGUAUGAUUCCUGAAGUUAUUUUCCAUUCACAAUCACAAGAUGAAGAACAAGUUGGAGAAAAUUAUGAUCGAGGAAACGAUUUCUACUCGUGGUUCUUGGGUCCAAGAAUGGUUUAUACUUCUGGUGUUAUUAGUGAUAUCACUAGAGAAGAAACCUUGGAAGAAUUGCAAGAUAAUAAAUUAAAAGUUAUGGCUGAGAAAAUUGAUUUGCAAAAAGGUGAUUAUGUUUUGGAUAUUGGAUGUGGCUGGGGUGCAUGGGCCAACUAUGCCUCUACUCAAUAUGGAGCCAAAGUAACCGGUAUCACUUUAGCCAAAAAUCAAGUUGAAUGGGGUAACCAGUGGUUAAAAGAUAAUGGUGUUCCACCAAGCCAAUCAGAGAUUGUUUGUUGUGAUUAUCGUGAUGCUCCCAAAUCUGGUAAACCAAAUGGUAAAUGGGAUAAAAUCACUUCGGUGGAAAUGGCUGAACAUGUUGGUAUUAGAAGAUUAACUGCUUAUUUGGAACAAUGUAGAGAUGCAUUGGAAGAUGAUGGAUUAUUCUUUUUACAAUAUUCAGGUUUAAGAAAGAAUUGGCAAUACGAGGAUUUGGAAUGGGGGUUGUUUAUGAACAAGUACAUUUUCCCUGGUGCCGAUGCGUCAACUCCAUUGAGUUUUGUUGCUAGUUGUUUUGAAUCGGUUGGGUUUGAGAUUGUUAGUGUUGAUAAUAUUGGUGUACACUACUCAGCUACUAUUUGGAGAUGGUACAGAAACUGGAUUGGUAACAAGGAUAAAGUUGUCAACAAGUAUGGAAUCAAGUGGUAUAGAAUUUGGGAAUUCUUUUUGUCAAGUUCAGUCGUGGCUAGUAGAAAUGGUACUGCAACUUGUUACCAAUUUGUUUUGAGAAAGAACCUCAACUCCUAUAGAAGAAUCAACUACGUUCCAAAACAACAGGGUCUUCAAGGAGCUAUCAAUGGAAACAGCAAAUGGACAAAAGAGUUUACAAACUGGCAUUAA